AUGUCGGGAAGGCCGGCUGUGUGUAAAUUUUACAAGCAGGGCCAUUGCUCUUAUGGCAAUAACUGUCGAUUUUACCAUCCCCCACAAUCUGGUUUCGGCAAUAGCAAUGGAAAUUAUAGAAACAACAACAACAACAACAACAACAACAGCAGUGGCUACAAUAAUUACAACAACCGUGGAAAUAACAACAGUAACUAUAGCACAGGUUACAGCAACAAUAAUUAUAGUGGUAGCAGUAACACCAACAACAACAACAGCAACAACAGCAGCAAUCCUCCCGCUAAUGAGACACCUCAGCAAUUUUGCGAUCCAAGAUCAAUGGGUAGACGGGAAACAGAAAUCCGAAAUGACAUGAACGAAUUACAAGAGAUGCUUUCGACAAGUAAUCAUAUAUUCACCUCAUAUUCUUUAAAGCCUCCUGUUCAGAUCAAUAUUCUUCCACAGAGGGAUUUUUCGUAUGAAGAAGACAGAUUACAAUACUACAUUGCCAGAAACAAUAACUCUAUUACACAAUAUGAACAGCAAAUCAGCAAUAGACGCAAAGAUAUGGCAGACUCUACUAAUAAUUUGAAAUCCAAUACUCAACGAGCUGUAAGGUACUUGCAGCUCGCUGUUCAAAACCCUACUUCUAAUCCGAAACCCUUAAUACCACCAAUCGAUAUCAAUGCUCCAGUUGCUACGUUCACCACAUCUAACAGCAUAUUUGGCAAUGUAAGCUCAGCUGCAAGUAAUCCAUUUGGCCAGCAAUCUAAUCCCUUUGGAGGAGGGGCAAGUAGUCAAUCUGGUAGUGCUUUCAAACCUGCAACUGUGGGUGGAGGCGCCUUUGGAAGUCAAAGUCUCAAUUCCUCCCCGUUUGCUACUCUUAAAACAACUUCUAACGCUAAUGGUAUCAAUAGUAACACGUUUGGCAAAACAUCCUCAACCCUAGGCCAAACUGGAUUUGGCAGUACACCGGCAGGUGGGUUUGGGUCUUCUGGAUUUGAGUCAACUGCUAUCUCAAACCCUUUUGGAGCAUCUCCAUUUUCAUCUUCGAGCCCAAAUACAGCCAAUCCAUUUGGAGCAUCUGUUUCUCCUGCAAAUACUUCAACCUCAGCACCAACAGCUUCUGCUUUUGGAAGUUCGAGCUUUGGGCAAUCUGGGUUUGGUAAUUCUGGAUUUGGACAGUCUUCGUUUGCAACUUCUACCUCAACUGCCCCAGUCGCUUCUGCUUCUGGCCCUUCCAAUAUUGCUAAUCCAUUUGGAGCUGGAGUGCCUAGCGGCAGCUCAAAUCCAUUUGGAAACAGCCCAUCGAUAUCCAAUAAUUCUCCAUUUGGAAAUACCAACCCUAUGAAUACUAACGGGGGAAUGCUGAGUUCAAACAACGUGUUUCAAGGCAACUCACAAGCUUCACCUUUUGGUGAAAUGAGUGCAAAUAAAUUUGGAGGCCAAGGAAGUGCGGGGUUUAAACAAAGUGAUUUGGGAGAAGAGCAUACGAAGAUGGAGGAUAUAAACAGUGAAGAGAUACUGGAAAUUUUUAGGUCAGACAUAUUCCAAAUAGGUAGAGUGCCCGAUAUCCCACCACCUGUUGAACUUUGCUAG